AUGAAGUACGGACACGUUUUGCUCGUCUUAGGUAUACUAGUUGCUGUAGUUGGUGCUUUUCCUCCAGGUUCUUGCGAUGGAUACACCAACAUCAGUCAAGCUUGGAGAAACGCCAAUUUCUUUAUUUCACCGUAUUUCGAGGCCAAUCCCUAUGACGACUCCUUCAUGGUUUCCAAUUGGUGGCGCUUUGUGGGGCCCGGUGGAGACAUACUUUUGACUCUAUGUAAGACGGGCGGUACGGGGAACGUGUACAGCAUUGCAAUUGACGCCCCCUUCAUGCCCACGACCGAAAAGGACACCGCGACCCCAGUGACGGCGAACGCAUUCGGGCCGUCGUGUUUUCCCAAUACGUUUUACAUAGAUGUGGUCCUGUGCCCUGGAAACUUCUACAUCUACAACCCACGGUCUCACCCUGCAUCUUCAGGAUACUCAACAUGGCACAGAGUGUGUCAGCCAGACUCCUGCGGACCAAAUGCAGAGUGCUUUUAUUUUUCGGGGUAUGGCAUGUGCAGGUGUCUGUCUGGAUAUAAUAUGGAACAAAACGUCUACCCUCCAGAGGAUGUACUGUGCAUAGAUGUUGACGAAUGCCUUUACGCAGACGUGUGUGGGCCUCUGGCUAACUGUACAAAUGGGGACGGAACAUACAACUGCACCUGUUUCCCUGGAUACGCACCACCAUAUCCAACUCAGAUUGCAUCUCCCAAUAAUCCUUGCUCUGACAUCGAUGAGUGUACGAACACAUCAAUUUGUACGGCCUAUUCAGACUGUAUCAACACCGAUGGGAAUUACACAUGCGAGUGCUAUACAGGCUUUUACUCUGACCCUCCAGUUUGCAAAGAUAUUGAUGAGUGUUCCGAUACGACGAUAUGUGGUUACAAUGCUACUUGCAACAACACCCUUGGUUCGUACACCUGUGAAUGUGACGUGGGCUACAGAGUCACUAACUCCCUCUAUGAGCCCAGCCCAACAAAUCUCUGUCUCGACAUUGAUGAGUGUUGGGAGACCCCUGCAAUCUGUGGAAGAAACGGCAAGUGCACCAAUACAGACGGCUCUUUCAUGUGCACAUGUUACCCGGGCUAUCGGCUGGACCCUGCACUGAUGGGUGUCUCUGAUCCAUGCGUUGAGUUAAAUGGGAUGAUGUUCAACCCUGGAGACUAUAAACCAAAGAGCUUUACUCUGGGAGCCGGUCAAAUCACCAUGGCGAUCAACAUAGAGGACCUGGCCAAAAACAACAAUGAUUACGGGGCAGUUGCUAUAAUGAAGCUCAACGGCUUGGACAGUCUCCUCAGUCAUCAGUACUUUGAAACGGAAAACACCACUGAAUUUGCUGCGGAUGUUUUCUCUGCAUAUCUCCCCUACAUGAAUAAUACCAACAUAACAGACCCGAUCAACUUCACCAUUCCACAUUCAAAGAUGUUUCCCAACGAUUCUCUGCCGACAUGUACGUAUUGGGUGAUAGAAAAAGCAGCUGAAGAAGAGAGUGAAGCAGCAGGAGGAGACACUGAGGACGGUGAAGAGCUCUCGGGUUUCACGGGUUACUGGUCGACGGAGGGCUGCUGGGUUUCCUACACCCACGAAAACUUCACUAUAUGCAGCUGCUUGCAUCUCUCCACAUUCGCCCUGAUUAUGCAAAUGGGAGAGCCUCCACCAGAAAGUGACUUCCUGAACUGGCUCAACCGGAUCUGCGUCGGUAUCGGACUCUUCUUCUUCGCUCUUGCCAUUCUCACCUUCCUCUUGUGCAGCUGGAACCCAAAAAUCAACAACACCGCUCGCCUCCACCUGUGUCUCAAUCUAGGCCUGUCCCAUCUGCUUCUGUUGUUUAAUGAGAAUUUUUAUGCUGAUGAGCUGGCUUGUAAGGCGAUAGCAGGGAUUCUCCACUUCUUGGUCGUGGCCAGUUUUGUGUGGAUGCUGCUGGAGGCCGUGCAGCUCUACAUGCUGGUCCACAGGCUCAACAAGGUCCAGGUGAUCGAGAGAGACGGCCUCCCCAAGCUCGUCCUCUUCCUCAUCGGCUACGGGGUCCCUCUGCUCAUCGUGGGCGUCUCUGCUCUGGUCUAUCACCCGGGAUAUGGAGCCACUGCUGGAAAUGUCUGCUGGUUGUCCACAACCCGCAACUUCAACUGGGCUUUAACAGGACCCGUGGUCACUAUUCUCAUUCUUAACUUGAUGCUGUUCUGUGCUACACUAUGGAGCCUCAGAACCACCUUGGCCAGCAUGAGGAGUGGAGCGUCUAACUCCAAAGAUACCAGGCUUGUGUUGUUCAAGAUCGUGGCCCAGUUCGUGAUUCUGGGCUGCACCUGGAUCCUGGGCCUGUACCAGUCCAACCUUUUCUUCCAAAUCCUCUUCAUAGUUCUCAACUCACAGCAGGGGACCUUCCUCUACAUAGUCCACUGUGUGCUCAACAAAGAGAUUCGAGAAGAGUGCCUCAAAUGCCUCACAUGUUCUCACAGUAAAGAGAAGGACAAGGAUAAAACGGUAUCGACCACAUAUGACAUAGAUAAAUAAUAAGUCUUCGAAGAUUACUGUAGCAGACAUUACAAUUACAAAAUGGCAAUUCAUGUUUUUUUUUAAUUAUUAUUACUUUAAAGGGCCUGUACCUGAUUUCGGACAUAUUUUAGUUUCAACUUUAAGCCCUGUCCACUUAGUCCUUUCAGUUGUUUCCUUAAAAUUCUCAAAUCUCUGCAGACUAUUUGCAAUUUUGUCAGUCUUUAAAAUGUCCGGGAUAGUGUCGGAGAAUUGGUUUCCUCUGAUUCUUAGUAACAAUGUGCCUGACUGGAUGAAAAAUGUUUGUAUU